UUGAUUCUGAUGACUGCCUUCUAGCGAAUGAAGCGACAUCUAGCGGUUGAUGCCAGAGUGCAACGUGUGUAAACUGUAUGCAGUUUAGUAACGAUCGGUACAUGGCGGACCGGGAUUGUUUUCAAAAACCGACUGCCGGAGGAAUUCUUUCCCCCAUGGACGAGACGUCACACAGGACAGAGCGGUUAAAAAGAAGUCAUACAUCCAAAAAGAUGCAAGGACCAGACAGAGGCCACAGCCUGGCCCAUACCAUCGCAAAUCCACAGCAGCUCUUCUCUCCCAAGAUGUCCCCCAUUAGGGCAAUGGGGAAGUCCUGGGGUGGCAGUGCCAAUGGUGACCAGCUGGUGAACAGAAGUGACCUGUUUGGUACUCCAUCGUACCGCUCACCGUUAGACCUGGUACACACACGUCCAUCAGCCAUGGUCAGUCAGCAUGGCAGCACUGCUCCACAGCAGGAAUCUGAGCCCAGUGCUGUAACAGGAAGUACAGAUGUUAACAAGUCUCUGUCUGAGCAGGACUCUCUCGCAAAAGUCAAAGCCGAUGGCUUGCUGAGCUUCAGUUUCGGCAGCGCCCCUUGUCACGGGUCCUUCAGCGCAGUGCCGAACUUUGACCCCGGGCUCAGCCUGUCCAUGGGUACAUCCUGGUCCUUCAACACAGCCAUGGGCGAGUCUGUCUCAGGAAGAGUCCCCAACACCAUACACAACCCCAACAAAGCCAUAGUAACGGUGGAUGCUGUUACAACCCAGAUCCUUGUUGCAAAUGACAUGGCGUGUGAGCUGUUUGGGUACGGGCGGGAUCAGCUGGUCAGCAUGCAGCUGUCCCGCCUACUGUCCGGUCAUCGCAGCUCUCACCUGGCACUGACCGAGACUCACCUGGACCCUGCAUCAGGAGAGCUGGUCAGCAUCGCAGGCAAAGUGGUGGAUGCAGUAGACUCCACAGGCCUGAGGAUCCCCAUCUCCCUGUGGAUGAAGAGACUACAGUGGCAGGACCAGCCUCGCUGUGUGGUCGUCAUGGAGCCAGUAGAGCGCAGAGUGGCACAUGUACAGUUUAACAGUCAGGGUCUACUUGUGGAUUGUGAUGAGGAGUUUUGUAGUCUCCUGGGUUACGAGAACCCAAGUGAUCUACAGGGCUGUCAGAUCUUGAACUUGCUGCCUGGCAUGAGUAUACCCAUUCCUAGUACACUAAAGAAUAAGGAUGUUCAUAAGCAGAGAAUAACAGGCAGCACCAAAGAUGGGAACAGUUUUCCACUCAGUCUUCUCAUAGAGCAGAGUGAUGCAGCUGGUCAUCCAGACAACACAGACUCAAAUGAAAGUGACAGGUCUCCAGUCUACAGUGGUACUGUCUGGGUGUUCACCAACAUCAGUGGGAUGAUCACUCUACAGGAGGAUGGCACCAUCUACUCUGUUAACCACUACUUUGCCCUGGCCCUGUUUGGGUACCCCCAGGCAGACCUGCUUGGCAAGCCUGUCACAAAUCUCAUACCAGACUUUGAGCGACAUGUGGACCUGAUAGAUACCAGCUCCAUGCCUCUCCCACCGUUUGAUGAAAGCAGUGAAGAUGAGCUAUCCAUGCCUGAUCUUAUAUCUACAGGAAAGAGCGACACUCAGAAGAUACUAGACUUACAAAAUGACUCAGAACACCAGAAACCACAGCCUGAUAGAAGUUCAGAAUCACACACAAUUGAAAAGGCUGUGCCUUUGAUCACAGACCAGUCAGAGGGCAGCCAGGAGCCUGAACAGAAGGCAGACAACAUUUCAGCUGUACAGAGAAUAGACAGCACACCUGUUCAGGAGGCAGACAGCAGCUGCAGUACACAGACAGUAGACAGCAAUGCAGCUGACCAUGUUGCAGACAAGCUUAGUUCAAUGACAAUAGACAGCAGUACAGCUGUGCAAGAGACAGACAGUACAAGUAUAGCAACUGUAGAAAACAAUUCUUUACAGAAAAAGGGCAUUGAUGAGAGGGUGAGAGUGGACAAUGUUGAAAGCACUGAAAACCAAAUAGACAGUAUGGAAGGUAGCAAUACUAUUGAAAAAGUAAAUGAUGGUAGUACUGUUGUUAAAAAUAACAACAGCAAACCCAGCUCACCAGUAACAGAGAGCACCAGUGUCUCACAGAAGGCAGAUGACAACCCAGAUAGAAUGGACAGCAACCAGCUCACACAAGAGAAUGAGUCAUCUAAUGCUGUCUGUGGUGACAUCAAACAAUCAUCAGGUAGUCAUGGAAAAGACAGCAACAGUCCUAGAGUACAGACAGCCGAGAGCUCAGAAAACCAGAGAACAGAGAGCACAGUCAUUACAAGAACAGAUGACCUUACCUUGCAGUCACCUGAUGGCCACCAGGAUGUGGCCAGUAUUAAAGCUGUGAGAAGCAGCACACCAAACCACCUUGAACCUGGAAAUGCUUCAACUAAUCAGUGGAUCAGCUCCAGUCUGGACAUGCAGGAGGGAAGCUAUGUUGGUUACUGCAGACACAGGAAUGGUGCCAAGCUUGGCAUCUUGUUCCAGAUGAAGCGUGUGGUGCUGGACAAUGGGAAGGAGCUGUGGUGCAUGUGGGUGUCACGGGACCCCGGGGACGAGAUUCCUGGCUCACAGUCUCAUUCCCAUGCCAACUUCACCCUGGGGUCCAACCUGACCAGUAGUCUGGAGGCCUCUGCGGUCAGUCUGGACACCAAGGCACUUCCAGCUGACCCGGAGCAGGAGUCAGCGGCAGCGGGACACUACGAUCAGCGCUACAGAACACAUCAGUGUAUCGGCAAGGGAGCCUUUGGAUUUGUGAAGGUAGCAGAGAGGAGGGCAGAUGGAGAACAGGUUGUUGUCAAGUUCAUCCGUAAGGCCAAGGUACUGGAGGAAAGCUGGGUGGAAGACUCCAGUUUGGGGCGUGUCCCUCUGGAAAUAUCCCUGCUAGCCAAGUUGGAACACCCCAACAUUGUCACGAUGUUGGAGGCUUUUGAGAAUGAGGAGUUUUUCCAAGUGGUGAUGGAGAAGCAUGGUGGAGGCAUGGACCUGUUUGAGUUCAUUGACCGGCGUCCACACCUGGAUGAACCCCUGGCCAGUUACAUCUUCCGCCAGCUGGCUGAUGCUACAGACUAUCUCCACAGGCAGGGCAUUCUCCACAGGGACAUCAAGGAUGAGAACAUCAUCCUAAGUGAGAACUUCUGGAUCAAGCUAAUUGACUUUGGUUCCGCUGCCUACAUGGAAGAAAACAAAAUGUUUGCCACCUUCUGUGGGACAAUGGAGUACUGCUCACCAGAAGUGCUCAUGGGAAACUGGUACAGAGGUCCUGAGUUGGAGAUGUGGUCCAUAGGCAUUACCCUGUACACUCUCAUCUUUGGGGAGAACCCAUUCUAUGAUGUAGAGGAGACCAUUCGUGCUGUGCUCAGUCCUCCAUUUGAAGUGUCUCCUGAGUUGAUUGACCUGAUCUCGUGGUUACUGCACCCCUCCCCCACGUACCGCUGCACCAUGGACCAGCUGGUGGACCAUGACUGGCUGCACCAGCCCUGUAACCCUCAGGACUACAGCUGGAACCAUGUCCUACCUGAUGAGGAGGGCCACCCUGAGGAGGGUGUGGUUCCCCUGGGGAGUGACAGUGAAUCAGAAGUGGAGGAACUCCAGCAGCACCUCCAGAAAUGUCUGAACGACAAGGGCAUGAACAUGUCCAUCUGAUGUCACACCUGAGGACAGGAACACUGCAUGUUCGAUCAGCACUUCAACAGAAUGUAUUGUGUAAGGCUGACAUUCUGUCUAUACUAUAGUAGUGUUAGCACUGUUCAGUCUAUAAUGUAGUAGUGUUAGCACUAUUCAGUCUAUGCUAUAGUAGUGUUAGCACUAUUCAGUCUAUACUAUAGUAGUGUUAGCACUAUUCAGUCUAAACUAUAGUAGUGUUAGUACUAUUCAGUCUAAACUAUAGUAGUGUUAGCACUAUUCAGUCUAAACUAUAGUAGUGUUAGCACUAUUCAGUCUAUACUAUAGUUGUGUUAGUGCUAUAUCCAAAUGUUGUGUUGAAGAAUACAUCAUGAACAAUGAAAACAAUUCUGAUGCAAUGUUGGCGUACAUCCAACAGAAAUGUUGAUAAAUUCUAUUUUAACUAGAGAAAAAGAAAACUCCUGUACGUUUGAUGGUCAAUUCACCAGCUCAGCUGAUCCCCCUGAGUACUGCAUAUACAGCAGUACACAGUAUGUUCUGAGGUAGUGCUAUUGCAAUCACAAUUACCGGUAUAUCAUAGGCCAGAAGGAUUGUAAAACUUGGUAAUUUAUAUUUCAGUGUGUACCAUCCAAAGAGUAAAAAUGUAUGACAGUGACUUUGAGACUUUAGAGUUAUCUAAUAUAUAGCUAUUGUGGAAGCCUGAAGAUGGCCUAGAUUUCUAUCCAUUAAAAUUAUUCAGACUAAUAGAAGUGGCAAAUGAUUCUGAUUAAAGAACCCUUUUCAGUAUUACUACAACAUCUUAGGAUAUCCAAUACCUUUUACUAUUUGUAUGUUACAAGCAAAUGUCAUCCGUGUGAAUUUGAUACUUUUCAUUAGUCUUUUCAAUAUCCAUCAUGUGUGAAUGAAAAGAAAAGCAGAGAAAAUUGAUUAACCAUGCUCUUGAAAUGCCUUAGAUAGAAUAUAGAAUCAAAGUGUGAAUUAGUUUUAUAAGUUAUUUUGUGAAGUUAACUUCUCAUUUACUUUACAAUGAAAAGUGUUGACCCUUUUGUCCUUUGUUUGAUUUGAAUUGUAUUGUCCUUAUUUGUGAUGCCAUGAGUUGCAUAAUUUACAAGACUUGUCAUUGAGUUAUUUGCCAUGAUUUUAAAAUGCAUUUUUGUGUGUGAUCAUUACAUUACAUAGAUACCAUAACAUGUAGAAUACUUUUGUGUUUGAGUGUGUCAGUUAGGAAUGAUUGAUCUCUUAAUAUCUGUUUCCAUGGCCAGUAUUGAAUGAUGUUGCAGUUGAAUAUGCUGUCUUUUCGGAGAGUGCUUUUGUCUACAUCAAAUGGAACUCUAUUGGUCAUUUUUGUAGAAUAAGAUCUGAUCAUGAGGGAAGAAGUCACAAAACCUAAACAUUAUCAACUGUUCACAUUAUGCUACAAAAAAGUAAGUGUUAGAGCUACAACAGGACCCUUCCUCAGUGAUUGGACCUUUAGUGUGCUUUCAGUUUUUGUUGAUCUCCAUCCAAAGUUUACCUUUUCUUUGCCAUGAUAUUUAAUGUCUGUAUAUCUUUGAGAUACUUGCAAACAGCAGUCUGCAUUAAAAGAGUAUUGUCUAGUUGA